AUGUCCGGCAGCAUCAGCUCUUCUGUCCUUGACCGCCCAAAACCCCCAUCGCACAACGUGCACCAUCACGGCCGCAUGUUGCGCUGUUCAGCUCCACUGCAUGGCGGCCCCAUUCCUUCUACUCUCCUUGCUCCCACACCCACCCGCCCGCAUCCACCUUUUACUGACCACCAUCUCCAGCCCCUCGUCAUCUGCGGUCCCAGCGGCACCGGCAAGUCGACGCUCCUCAAGGCCCUGUUCGGCAAGUACCCGGGCGAGUUUGGCUUUUCGGUGUCGCACACCACGCGCCAGCCCCGCGCCGGCGAGCAGAACGGCAAGGACUACCACUUUGUCGCCAAAGACGAGUUCAUGGCUCGUGUCGAGAAUGGCGAGUUCCUCGAGUGGGCCCAGUUUGGCGGUAACUGUAAAGGGGCUGCGGCGGUGGCGCCAGGUGUGGCAGGCGUGACAAACGUCCCGAUGGCGGCCUCCGAGAAGGCGUCAGGCCGUCAGGCGUCAUGGCGCUGGCCAGGUGUCGGCAGGCGAGCAGCUGUCAUGGUGUCGAAUGUCUGCAGCGAUGCUCGUCGUGUUACGGAACGUGUCAUCAGUGCAGAUGUGCAGAUGUGCAGAUACACCUGCCAUGUCUGGCGACUCGCUGUGUUGUUCCCCAAGCAUCUCUCAUCCCCUUCAAACACCCACAUCGCAGUCACUAACACCACCUCCAGCUACGGCACGACCUUUGCGGCUUUGACCCAGCUGCAUCCCAAGCGCUGCAUCCUCGACAUUGACCUGCAGGGUGUCAAGCAGCUCCACCUCCAGGGCCCCAAGCAGUCGCCCCCUCUUGUCCCCGUCUUCCUCUUCCUGUCGCCUCCCUCCGUCUCGCACCUCAAGUCGCGCCUCAGCGGCCGCGGCACCGAGACUGACGAGAGCAUCGGUAAGCGCCUCGCGGCCGCCAAGGCCGAGAUUGAGCAUGCCAUCUCGGGCGCGCACGACCUCGUCAUUGUCAACGACGACCUGGAGCGCGCCGGCAAGAUGCUCGAGCAGGUCGCGCUGGGUUCCGACGGUUGGGAGAAGGUUGGCGACGAGCUCCCUGCUCUCGACGUCAGCGAGCUCUAG